ACAUCAAAAAAUUCGUGUCCAGUGAUUUUUGUGAAUUUUCCCUGUAAUUUUUCGUCAUAAAGUUAACAUUUGCAUCGUGAAGCAACGCAACGAGCCUCCGCACAAACAGGCCUACAAAAGCGAAUUUCAAUGCCGACUAAUUAGCGGACUAUUACAUAAAAUAAAAGAAAUGAUUAAUUUCGCUUCCGAUGGUGCAAAUUUCAAUUAAGUGAAUUACUAUCCAGUUGUCGUCGUUGUCGUCGUCAGUGUUGUUUGAGGAAGUGUUGCAUGGUGAACGUCACAAAAACAGGAAUUGCCGUAACAACCACAAAUGCUAAAAAUGCCUUUAGCGAAUCCAAAUUUUGAUAAUUCGCAUCCCUUUCGGAGCGCCAAUGCCACGGGAGUCUCCAUGAAUGGCCUGGAAGCGUCCGCUUCUGGCAUGGAUUUCGACGAGACGAUGGAUGUGACGGAGCCAAUGGAAAUGGAGGAAGCAUAUGGCGGCGGGCGCGAACAUGAGAUUGAAGUGAGGGAAUUGGUCCGCGAAGGACACGAAAAAGCGGAUCCGUCGCAGUUUGAGUUGCUGAAGGUGCUGGGCGAAGGAUCUUUCGGGAAAGUUUUUCUCGUGCGAAAAGUCGUUGGGAAAGACGCGGGCACCCUUUAUGCCAUGAAAGUGCUGAAAAAGGCGACAUUAAAGGUGAAAGAUCGCGUUCGCAGUACCAACGAACGAAAUAUUUUGGCAGAUGUCGGUCACAAUUUCAUCGUUAAACUGCAUUACGCCUUUCAAACGCCCGGAAAAUUGUACUUGAUACUCGAUUUCCUGCGUGGCGGCGAUCUCUUCACACGUUUAAGCAAGGAAAUUAUGUUCACCGAAGAGGAUGUCAAAUUUUAUCUGGCUGAAUUAGCGUUGGCACUGAAUCAUUUGCACAGUUUGGGUGUCAUUUAUCGCGAUUUAAAGCCCGAAAAUAUCCUCCUCGAUCAAGAUGGACACAUUGCACUCACAGAUUUCGGACUUUCCAAGCAGCCCUUGGAUGGCGCGAAAACUUAUAGCUUUUGCGGCACCGUCGAGUACAUGGCACCGGAAGUUGUCAAUCGCAAAGGACACACUUUUGCUGCCGAUUGGUGGAGUUAUGGCGUACUGAUGUUCGAGAUGCUUACGGGAAAUCUUCCGUUUCACGGACAGAAUCGGCAAGACACGAUGAAUCAAAUUCUAAAGUCGAAACUGGGAAUGCCGGAGAAUUUGAGUCCGGAGGCGCAGAGUUUGUUGCGGGCGCUGUUUAAGAGAAAUCCGCAAAAUAGACUCGGAUCGUCGGAAAAUGGCAUCGAGGAUAUCAAGAGGCAUGAGUUUUUUGCGACAAUUGAUUGGCCCGCGCUCGAGAAGAAAGAGGUGAGGCCCCCAUUCAUUCCAGCCGUAUCGCGGGCAGACGACGCAUUUUAUUUCGACACAGAGUAUACGGAUAAGUCACCGAGUUCCUUCUUCAGAGACAGUCCAGGAGGUCCCAUAAGUGCGAGUGCUCACGAGAUUUUCCGCGGCUUUAGUUUCAUCGCACCCGGCCUACUGGAAGACCAGAAUCGAAAUAGUUCAAGUAGUUUAUCGCGUUCUCCCUUUGCGCCCAUCAGCUCGGAAAUUCCGGGUGUUCAAGCCACCGCAUUUGGCGACGAGUACAAUCUCAUGGAGGAACUGGGUGCCGGCACGUUCUCCGUUUGUCACUUGUGCGAACAAAAAACCACCAAAAAGCAGUUUGCUGUAAAAAUAAUCGAAAAGGCUGGGCACGAUUGCCGCGAAGAAAUCGAAAUUUUGCUGCGUUACGGCAACCAUCCGAACAUCGUGAAGCUCUUCGGUGUGCACGAGGACAUCCGAAACAUUUAUCUCGUGAUGGAGCUGUUGCGGGGCGGCGAACUACUCGAUCGCAUUCUCUUGAUUCAACGGAUGUCGGAAAUGGAGGCAGCGGCAGUGUUGCGAACAAUUGUGUCGGCAGUUGCGUUUUUGCAUUCGCAUGGCGUCGUGCAUCGCGACUUGAAACCGUCAAACAUGUUGUACGCUUCGAUAAGACAAACGCCGGAUUCGUUGAAAUUGUGCGAUUUGGGCUUCGCGAAGCAAUGGAGAGCCGAUAAUGGAUUACUUAUGACACCGUGCUACACGGCGAACUUUGUGGCGCCCGAGGUGCUGCGAAGACGGGGAUAUGACAUGGCAUGCGAUAUUUGGUCGUUGGGAGUGCUUUUGUACAUUAUGCUAGAUGGGAGAACGCCCUUUGCUUCGGGACCUGACGAGCCGGAACAGAUACUCGAGAGAAUUGAAUCUGGGAGAAUCGAUCUGGAAAAUGGGAAUUGGCAAACCAUAUCAAGCGAGGCAAAAGUCCUCAUCACGCAAAUGCUUCACAUUGUUCCGAGUAGUCGACCGACCGCCGAUCAAAUUCUCUGCAACCCCUGGCUCUGGCAAUUCAGUCAAGCCGGUUUCUCAGCCAGUCAACAUCAGAAUAACCACCACCAUCAACAUCAUCAUCAUCAUCAUCAUGGCAUGCAUCCCACGCAAGAACCCCAUCAAUUGCAGCAACAACUUCAACUUAUGCAAUUACAACAAAGUCAAGAUGUCGCGCAACAAAUGAUGCCGCAACAACAACAACAACAACAAUUCGCCGCGGCUCACAAUUCAAUGAACCUUCCGCAAAAUUCGGCAGUCAUACGGGAUGCCGUCAAGGCUACUUAUCGUGCAAUUUCAUCGCCGCAGGCCGCCAAUUUGGGUCCCGUGCAAAAUUCAGAGCUAGCUACACGGAGAUUCAACAGGAAUCGGUCAACGGUCGACAGUUCAUAACAAAAUUCAUCCGCUUCCGAGUCAGACAGCUUAUAAACGAGUCACUUUUUUUGAGUCUUUAAACAUUUUACAAAAAAAAAAAAACAUUCAAUAUAAUACAUACAAACAUAUUCAAUUUCACUAUAUAUAAAUAUUUAAAAAAAAAUACAAAAAACAUAUAUAUUUAAAAAAAAAUAAUAAUCAUCAUAAAAUUUUAUAUUAUUUUUUUUUAAUUAAAUCAGUUUUAGUCAAUUGACAAGUUAAACAUUUUCUCUCUGUCUCUGCUUUAAGCGUCAUAUAUGUUGUAAAUAUUAUUAUAAAAAAAUCUGAAAUUAUUAAAAAAAAAUUCCAAAUAUAAAAAUUAUACACAUUAUAAAUGUUUACCAAACGAAUUUUUCAAACUCUUUCCUUUCCUUCUCUUUUCUAAAAAAAAAAUUGAUAUUUAUUCUAAAAACAUUUCCAUCUCUAAAUCAUAUCAAUAUUUAAGUUUUAAAAUAAUAUUAAUUAGGAGCAUCCUUUUAAAUCU